AUGCAUACAUACAUGUUACAUUGGAAUGGUGUUCAUACGAAUUGCCUAAAAGGAGAUGACUUUGAGAGAACUUUGAUAAAUACAGAGUACAGAAACAUGCGAAGACCUCCUACCAAGAAAAAGGAGGCGACCCCUACUUCUGGAGACAUGGACAUCAAGAACAUAUCUGGAGGCCGGGAAAUAUUUCAUCUACGUCUGUAUGCCCCCUUCGUGUUCAAUGUCGUGGUGGAUAAAUUUUCCAUAAGAUAUAGAGAGGAAAGAAUGUUCAAAUGCGGAAUGCGAGAUCCACUAUUUAUUCAACCCGUGGUGUAUGAAUCCCCCACAAGGUCAUAUCAUCAGCUGAUGGGCGAACAAAUUGACAGCCGGCACUUCGACUACGUGCUGCCUUUCCACGUCGACGUGGACCAGAUAAAUGAAGCAAACAAGACGUGCAUAUACGUCAGCGGGAAUGUCAACCCACAAGUGUAUAGCCAAACCACCAGUGGCAGAUUGAUCAAGUUGUUAGGAGGGGCCUACAAUUACCACCUGGAAAGAGAAGCGGAAGCGCAGAUAAGACUCUCCGGAGGAAUGGCACAGACAGUGUCGUACCCCCUCCUCGGCCCACAGCCAAAGACACAAAUGUUCAGUGGGGGAAUCGAAUCACCUCAGUUCAACAUACGGAUAGAAUACACACAAGGGUUUCGAGACGAUCGAGAAAAGACCAUGGACCAGAUAAUCGUAAGGAACUUCGAACAGAUAAUUGACCAAGGUAUGUACAAAUUUCAGCAAUUUCAUGUCCGAAUCGAGAUUUUACGUGAAUGCACUUACGUUCUGGUAAGCAUUAUCAAUUCGAUCAUUCUUAACUUUAUUCACAACAACAUAAGCUUGAACUUCGUGGUGAAUUCGGUGAACAUUGGGAUAGUCGAUCGGAACGAGUAUGGCACUUAUGUGGAGGAGCUGUCUCGUCUAUGUGCUGGCAGCGUAGCAGAAGGCCCUGGGCAUGUCGCCAAUGGAGGGGUUAACAUCAAUCAAACCUCUGUUUCAGCCACUGCGGACAAGCUCUUUUACUCACAGCCACAGAUGAACAUCCCAGAAAUUAUUUUGGCCCCCCUGGGCAAGGAACUGAGCCGGUACUGCCCCAGCGCCUUCUGUUUCAUCGUCGCACCCGAAUUUCAGAAGCUUAUCUCAAACAUAGUGCUAGACAGCUCUGUCGGAAUGUGGUCUGAGGUGUUUAGCCUAUCCAGGUGGUACUCUUGA